GUUGGUUUAACAAUAGGUGAGCAUAUUGACAACAUUCGCCAAAUCUACAAAGUCUCUGAAGGCUGGGUAUCCCCUUUUCCAUGGUCUGAGGAAUUUUAUUUUCCAAUUGAGCAAAUUUUCGCAAGGCUCACGAUGUUCAAAAGAGAGAAAAACGCUAGAGGGACAGUAAUACAUGAAGUUAAUGAAAUGGAUGAAAUCUUCAAACCAUACGAAGAAAAAAGCACAGAGGCCAAAAGAGUGUUAAUUGAAGGAAAUCCUGGCACAGGAAAGACGAUGUACUGCAGAAAGAUUGCUUACGAUUGGGCCACACGGGAUACCACUGCAGGAGACUGGUUUUCGAAAUUUCAAGUGGUUCUCUUGCUGAAAUGCCGUCACAUAGUCGGUCGAGAGUUUGACCUUUGGGAGGCCAUUGAUGAUCAACUUUUACCUCGAGAAAUUCAAAAGGAAGAAAGAGAGGAACUCUUCAAGUUUGUUCGUGACAAUCAAUCAAAGGUUCUACUGGUUCUUGAUGGGUUUGACGAGUUACCUCAGAGUCAACUGCCGACGUUUUCUGAAAUUAUUCAAGGUCGAAUCCUUCCCGGGUGUAAUUUGUUGGUUACAGCACGCCAUGAGGGUGGUAUACCAAUAAGAAAAUACUUUGGUUUUGUGCUCGAGAUUCAAGAAUUCACUCUACAAAAUGCACAAGAGUUUGUGCAUAAAUUCUUUAAAGGAAGGGAUGAUCUAGCAGAAAAGCUUUUGCUCAAGCUCAAGGAAGACAAAAACCUGCAAGAAAUUAUGUUCAACCCGUUAAACAGUGCCCUACUUUGCCUCAUUUGUGAAGAAUUUGAAGGAAAUUUUCCAAAAAACAGCACUCGACUGUAUCUGGAGAUAGUUCAUUGUAUUCUGAAAAUACACAAUAAAAAGAAUGGUCGACCAGUAAAUGAGGAUUUACUUGGAGUCUACAAAGAUCAGUUGAAACAACUUGGCUCGGUAGCGUUAAGCGGUCUCUUACGACGUGAAAAGUACUUUGACGAGAGACGGUUGGGAAAUUGCUUGGAAGUACUUGGAUUCGGAUUUCUAUCAGCUCAUCCUGGAGGCAGCAAAUUAAGACCAUGUCUGUAUUACAGCUUUUUGGACACGAUUUUGCAACAACUGUUUGCGGCAUUUUUUCUUAGCUGCCAUGUUGUUGAAGAAAAAAUCAGUGUUGAAAAAAUAGCCACUAACGAAAUAUAUCUCGAUAAGCUGAAGCAAGUGCUUUUGUUCACAUGUGGGAUCUUGGCAAUUCAAGAGAAAGAAAAAGCAGUGACCCUUAUCAAGCUUUUAAUGGAAAAAGUCAAGAAAGGGAAUGCUGUUGCCGGUUUCGUUGCAAUGGAAUGCUUUGAAGAAUGUAGGAAAGAAAAUGGUGAUCUUGACGAGGAAUUAGCCUUGAUGCAGUUGAAUUUUAAGGGCCAAGUCACUGGUCUCGGUAAGACUCGCGAAUAUUUUUACAUUCUACCAUCAUUUAGACUGCGAGUUUCUCGAUGCUUGCCACGCAGGCUAGAACAAAAUGGCUCUACAAGCAACUAGGGGAGGCGAGACGGAAGAGGCUCGAGCCUGACGCACUCGCUUCUCGCGUCUUGCCACUCGCCUGUUGUGUGUGCCUUCCAGGAGACUGCUUGAAUCUCACUUUUGACCUGAAAGACAACUUAAAAAUUCUUAAAAGUUCUAAACUCUUAACAGUGGACGCCUUGCACCUGCCGGUCUGACAAUCUUUUUUUACAUACAAAUCCGUAUUAGUCUAUUUUGUAGACGUAUUUUUUUGCGUCAGUCACCUCAGAAUUUGCUUUCUAGCUAAUUUCCCCAUGCUCAUUUUAACUCUGGUCUCAUAAAAAAUUGCAUUAAUAAGGUCACGUGACCACGAGAUGCAAACAGCCUAUCACUCCGUCAUCGGUAACAAAAUUGCCAAAAUUUGUCUCGAUUUCUUGAAUAUGACAACCUGUUUUUUUGUUUUUUUUUUUAGUUGAAAUCGCAGUGGACGUGAGUCAUGGAGAAUUUGACGUCCCCGAGGAGGAAUUUUCCAAAACGUUGGUGAGGAAAGGUAAGGAUAACCUUUCACCUUAUACCUCUUAUUAGAAUCGCAUUAUAAGACUAUAGUUCAGCUGCCAUUAAACUAUUUCAGAAACUCUAUAAAUGUUAAUGUUAAAGCUAAGGCUUUCCGAUUGAGCGGUCUGAGAACAAAACAUGGCUUGAACGUGAAUGACCAACCAGUUUUACUUUUAAAAGCUCAACUUAAGAGGGCCAGGCUGGUCAGUAAGAUUCAAGAACUAUUUCAGAAACUCUAUAAAUAUUAAUGUUAAAGGCUUUCCGAUUGAGCGGUCUGAGAACGAAACAUAGCUUGAACGUGACUUGCCAACCAAUUUUAGUUUUGAUAAAACUAUCUUAAAAAGCUCAACUUAAGAGAACCAGGCUGGCCAGUAAGAUUAAAAAAUAAAUGUCAAUAGCAAAUGCCCUAUUUCCGUAAAUGAAAGGGCAUUGUGUUUCGCAAUUUUAUGAUAGACACCAAGACUUCAACUUUGGGAACAGCACACACAAACCAAUCAAAAUUAACGCAAAAAAUUUUUAAGUAAACAGGUUGCCGAGAUGCAUGUCUUGAAGCCAACAAUUGACGAAACUGGUUCAAUGCCUUCAAACUGUCUGAUUCAAUUUUCAUUGAAUAGAGUUUUGAACAACGCUAUAGCAACGUUUGCGCUUUGUAAAGGGUAAGCUGUCUGAUUUUUUAAGCUGUUCUGAGUUUCUUAAUCAACUGAGUUUUUCGCAGUUUUAGAAACAUACAAUUUUUUGGUAAGACUGGACUUUUUGUCGUAAGUUUUAGGCUAAUACUCCUCUUAAUUUUUACAUUAGCGGAGCGCGUUGCUCGCCCGAUUGACCGGUCCGGAAUUGACUCAGCCGCUGUUUUGGUCAUGUGCCCGAGCUUCUUGCCGAAGAGAUGUUCUCUUUUCGGGGAGAAACAAGACCGGACCCAUGCAAAUAUGGUUCGUAGAGGCUGAGAACUGAUUAGCUGAGAAAAGUUUAAAAAAACUCAUAGACUAAAAGAGAUGCAACACUCUCAUCCUCACCCCAUUCUAUUUUUUCACCAGAAUGUCAUCAGUUCCAUCCAGAAGGUAGGCCUGUGCAAGAAGAACAAGAUAAGACAGUAAUCUACGAGUAAGUAUCUAAGCCGGAUCAUGUACGUUGACUGAUUACCCUGCUAUGCACUGGUCUACCUUAUUAUCCUGUACUCUUCUCCACCUAAAACUACUGUACUCUCCUUUUCUUGUCUCCACUUGGCAUAAUUCUGUCCUUAAGUAUGCUUGCAUCUGAAAUGACAGCGAAAGUCCACGUCAAAACUUUACAGUACACCUGACACAUACAGGUUCUUUGGCACUUAUAGAUAAAUUCAUUGUCUGCUUGAUUUGUUGACUAAUUGCAGAGGAACAUUGAGAAGCGAGCAAUCCCGCGAUUUGUACCCGACGGCAGGGGCUCUUUCUUUGACGUUUCCUUUUAACUCCGUGUCUGUGCCUACGUCAAUAGUGGUCUACAAAUGGAAACAUACAGCUCGUUCGCCCCCACUUCAUGACCAUGAGGCCGUUGUUAGCAACGUGAUUGAAAUCGCCACAAACAAAGGCCAAGGAUUUAAAUUCAAUGUUGCAGUACAACUGUUCCUCUGUCACAGUGCGCCGGAUUUAGCUGGUUAUGAGGUGGUUAUUAAAAGGCAGACUGACACUGAGAACAAUAUUUGGGAGGAGGUCACUGGAACAGAGGACUUACAGGAUCAGUCAGGUGCCUUGGAUAUUUUGAAAACUAUAUAUUAACUCAUAGUGAAAAACGUUGCGUCUCAACCAACUUUUUUAACAAAAACACUCUCUCCAAAUGAAACCUGAAAUUUUCAAUUUAUAACCAGAAACUUAUAAGGGGUUGAAACGUUAACUCUCGAACGUUUGCUUUGUCCCAUGCUCUUGAUUAUCCAGUUUCGCAAGUAACAUAUUUAGAACGAGAAAAAAAGAUAACUGACCAAUUAAACUUCGUAAACGACGUGACGGAAUGUUACUCACGUUCCUGUUAAGCAACAACAACGGCGAUGGCUACGAAAACGUGACUUAUAUAAAAAGUGGAUUCGCGCUGCUUACAACUUCAUUGCGCUUAUUCCAUCUUGUUCACUUCGUCAAGUGUUUAGCAAUUUUUUUUCUGUAUCGAAGUUCAGGAAUAGAAAAGGAGAGUCGUUGUCUUGUGUUUCGCCCUCCACAAAACGUGAAAUUAUUCACUUUCACGUCAAAGUCAUGCAGUGGCGGCAAAGAAAUGUACACAAAAUCGCGACGCGGGUGCGAAUUAAUUUGUUGUUAAACGUAUUGGUUUCUUUUACCCGGCCGCAGCUACUUUUCAACCACAUAUGUGUUUUUGUUAUUACUAAUUUGUGUUUUAUACCCGUCUGAUUAAAUGGCCAAUUUUAGUUAGACAACCAGCUUGCCGAGAGUGUCGUAAAGAGGACACGCGCCUGUGGGGUUUAAUUCAUCCACUUUGUUGAUUACAGAUAUCAGUGAGUACCCUUCUCUCAUGGAAGUUGAGGACUGGUACCUUCCUGUUGCACAAGCUGACAUAACUGAGUGUUCGACAUACGCAGUGAUCUGUCGUCUCAAGUCGUCUCCCUCUUACACCAUCACAUCUUAUGGUGGUUCCUUCAAUCAUCCUUGUUAUCCAGGUGUAACUGUGACAAUCCCUAAGAACGCUGUAGCACGUAAAACAAGGGUCUCUUUAGAGUUAAAGGUAGGCGUGGUGAAUAGACCUUAUUUACGAUACCCGCCAUUUUUGCACGCGCUUUGGGAUUGAUGGGAUAGAAGCAAUGUCACGUUGUAUCUCAGGGCGCAAACAAGUGAUAAAAUUUGCUACUACGAGAAAUCGCGGUCGAGUUUGUUUAUCCCCUGAAAACGAUAAGGCAAUUUUAAAUUUGCAAAAUGUACAGUUCAAGUUUCGAGAAGUUCUCACUUCAUUAUUUCUUGCUGUAAGGACAUCUACGGUAGCUACUGCAUUGAAAAAAAUAACAACGAUCAAAUCCAUCCAUAACUUGCCCUUGUUGUCUUUAAGAUAAAACGUUAUUCAUUUUCAGUUGUCUAAAAUAAACAAACACAACCGCAAUUUCUUGUAUUGGAAGAUUUUAUCACUUUUUCGCACCCUGAGAAACCACGUGACGUUGCUUUUUACCCAUCAGUCCUAAUGCACGUGCAAAGAUGGCGGAUGUCGUGAAUAAGGUCUAUUUGAGAACACUAAUACUAAACUUGAACAGGAUGGCAAAGACAAGUAUUCGGAAAGUCAGAAUGAUGCCAGAUGAUCUUUUCACUGGUUCCCUUGUUUGAGAAUACUAGAAGGAUAUGCACUGGUUUUUAUUUCAAAUCAUCACUGCACUGGCAAAUAAAACAAGUUGUUCAACGGAACUUUGUAAAAUUCCGACUUGAAGAUUACUGCUUGCACCUGCGCGUUACAUACCUUUUCUUAGCUAAAUUGCAAAUCAAAGAUAUGCGAUUCAUACUGUUUUUAACCAGAUACGAUAAGAUGUUAUUAUAGGAUCAGUAAUACUCCGGAACAGUUUUCUGUAAAAGGUGAGAGAUCGAAUGAAACACUAGGCAAGAUGGUGUUGAUUUAGGGUUGAGGUAAAGGCUUUUCAAAGUUGCAAAUUAAAAAAAGCCAGUGUCCAGGUCAUUGCGCGCGGUCCUAAAGGCGACUGUGUCCCUUUAAUCUCAUGCGCUCAAAUAAAAAAAGCCCAAUAAUGUUGGAAAUGCUUUUCUUCUAUCUAUUUCUUAUACAUUCUUAAAGGUACACGAAGUUCCAAGAAGAGAAUUUGAAGGACAAGAUUUAUGGUUUGGAUCUGUACUACGGAUCAACUGCUCCCACGUCGUUAAUUUCGCAAAGCUUGUCACUGUUCAGUUGCCAGUUUCUCUUAGAGGUGAACAGAAAGAAAUUGGGAAUACCUCGAAGUGCCGUGUCAGGGUAUUGUUUCUGAGGUCUAGAGGCGAACACAAAGAAUGGACUGAAAUCACCGGCGAUCUUCUAGAUCCUGCAAGUUUUGAUGGGAAGUUUGUUCGGUUCCAGGUUGACCACUUCUCUGGGUAUGGUUAUAGUAGUUCUUGUAAGCCAGGGAAAGGAACAGGGGUCUACAUCUCCCUCCUGUCAGCCAGUUUUGUAUUUUUUCUUUUCUCUCUAAACUGUUACAAACUUCGGUCAUCUUUGACAAUUAAAAAAAAAAAAACAACAACAACAACAAACUAAAACUAAUCACAGGUACCUUAUUUCCUCGAAUAAUAGCCGGGGGCGAUUAUUAUUUUUUUCGCACAAAAAGGCAGUGAUAAUUCGAGGGAACGCGAUUAUUUUAAACAUUGCUCACUGGAAGUCAUGCCCUUUUUAUUGUUUCAUUUUCCCAUUAAAUAAAAAAAUGACCAAAUAAAAUAAACUGAAUAUGGGCCUUUUUAGUGUUCCAAAUUUGGUUCCUUGAUUAAUUUUCAAUGUCAGUAUCCUCGGCGUCAGAAAUUGAAUCGUCACUGAUGAGUUUUGCCGCAUCAGACUCCACUUCAACUUGACAGGGAAGGGAUAAAAGAAAGAGAAGAUGGCGAGAAGGGUGAGAGGGACGAUUACUCAAGGGAGGCGAUUAAUCGAGAGGGGGCUAUUAUUCGAGGGAAUACGGUUAUUAAAAGGCGACCGUUGCAGAAAUGGAACGAACUAGACUUAACUAACUAGAAAUAAAACAUUCUAGUUGGGUCCAGUUGCUCUGCUCCCAUGAUUCAUAGCUGGAUUGCUUUACCGUCUUCCCUGUUAUUAUAAGAAUAUGUUGAGUAAAAAUAUAUAUUUUUGGUUUGAAAGAAGGGUUUACUUCCCCCAACGAUGAUUGAUUGAUUAUGGAGCCAUGCAUCACGUGGCAUGCAAUGACAUUCAACCCCUUCCGAAAAUUAAUGGCAAUAACGUUAACUAAUAUUUAUUUAGAGUAGUUUUAUUAAAGCCCUGACAUUGCAUUUUAAACGUAUAAAAAAUCCAUUAGGACUCAUUCACUCUUUCACUGCAGCUGGUUUUAAUGCAAUGUUUCUCAAUAAUCGCUUCUCUUAAUGAAAUUCCAAACAUGCCGCUGCGUUCUUGUGUCGGGGUACCGCCGAAGUUAUAUUUGAAGGCGGUGUGGCUAAUUAGCCUGUCAUUUACUCAAUAUGGCGUUUAUUGGCGAAAGUUCUAUUUGUAAAAGUUUAUCGUAAUCCUAUAGCUGAGGGAUCUACAUUAAAACAAGAAGGUCUUAGUAGCGUUGAGUCUCGCUUGCUUGUAAAUACGUUUUGUUGUCAGCUGGUGCUGUUAUGCUACCUUUUCGUUUGGAAUACAAAACGAGUGUUAUAUUUCAUGAUGUGUACUGAAAACGUAAAAAUUGCAAGGAGAGACAGGCCGCGCAUCUUAGUUUCACACCUGUGUGAAGCCUUUGAAAACCUUCUGCAUAUUGAUAUUGCUCCAGUGAGGAGAACUCUUUCAGGGAUUUUACACUCAAAAAAUUAAACGACGAUUUUUAUCAGUAUAAAUAUAAAUAGCUUCUAUGUGGCGGACAAGAUACGGCUCGGUAGAGUUUUUGUUCAACAGAGGAAAAAUGUAUAAGAGGGGCACCCAAUGACUUUUUUCUUUAAAAUAUCUGUUCGGAGAAGCAAAAUAAUCCCUAGAAUUUUCUAUAGCUUGAAGAAAGCUAAAAAUUUUCAGAAGACCGUUUCAUUCUUAUACAAGUUUUCGAAGCAAUUAUCAAAUAAAUUCCCUACGAUUUUCUGACGUUCAAUUUUUCGCAUUUCAAUCCUCAGGUUAGGCUAUUUUUCGUAGAAAAGGAAACCUAAAAUUUUCGGAUUUGAAAAUGCGAUGGAAAGAGGACUAGGACUUUCAUAAAACUUUAAAUUGCAUCUAAAAUUUCGGGAAAAUAAUAUUCAAGCCCUUGUUAUUUCGAAAAGACUCAAGUUCCCCUAGGAUGACCGAACAGAUACAAAUUUUACAGCGCCGUUUAGAAUGCCUUGCUAGAGCUCUAAAAGUACUCUGGGUAGCCUAAAAAGUGUUUUCAAUGUAUUUAGGAGGAAACCGUUGUUGGGUGCCCCUGUGUAUUAGCAGAACCUUAUACAACAGACAGUUAAAGUUCGCGCGUAUUCCUGUUGAAUUUGUUGUUCGCUUUAUAAAAAAUCAAAAUGCGUGAAAAUAAUUACAUUUUCCAUGGCUGCUUGGUAUCUGCUUCUAAUAGAAGCUGUACACAGCAUGCACUUUAUCACAGAAUCACUGGGACAAAGCGUUUCAUUUUCCAGGAAAUUUCACUUUUUCGUCAAAACAGUAACUGACUCAGUCAGACUGGGAGUAGUUUACUUAAAUUUAGUGCUCAGUACAGCGAGAGGGGUUAUGUUCUGUGUAAUUUAUCUACAGUCUGCCGCCCACAUCACCAAGAUCCACGAUUUAUUUAUUUCUCUAUUUUAUUUUCGAUUUUUUUUAACCGAUCCUCGAUCCGCGAUUUUCGAUGCCCGAUCCUCCAUCCUCCAUCCUCCAUCCUGGUUUUUCAGUAGACCUCGAAGAUUGUUCUUUAUUUCUACCAUUGAAGAAAUCAGUUGUUCCAAAGUAACCAACGCUUUCAAGCAAUAGAGGUCGUGGACCGACCCGUUCCGGAAAAGCUCGCGAUAUGAGAUUUUUUAUUCUAUAGACAUGGCGUCGGUGCUGCAAAAAGAGUGCGUGACAGUCACUUACAAAGUUACCCGUAUAAACACAUCCGUGACACAUGCGUAACGUCAGACGCGAAGUUGAAUUUUCUUCCACUAGUACUCGAAGGUUAAAUCACCGUAGAGUUCCAGUAAUUGCGACAAUAUUCUGAGAAUCGUAACGCCUCAAUACACCAGAAAAAUAUUUUCUUAUCCCGCUCGGGGUAUUUAUCAAUUAUUGAAUGAGUUUGAGUAGGAUAUGAAAAUUCUGCAGAUCGAGGAGGGUGUUUUGCGGGCCAAGGUGGAUAACACCCUCCGAGAUCUGCAGAAUUCUUCAUAUUCUACGAAAGCCGAAUUCAACAAUUGCUUUAUUAUUCAUUCAAACUAAUUUCCAAGUUUAAAAACAAGCUAAAACAUGCUUACCUCGGUCGAAUUGUUAAGUCCAUAUCGAUAGUGCAUCUAUAUCGGGAAAUUUAGGAGAUAAAGGUGUGUUCAGGUUUGCAAAUAUACUCCAAAUAGCCGAUUUCGUCAGUUGAGUUGUCGUCUUGCUGUUCUUACAAUUUUUUUAGACAAUAUUUCGCCGUGAAACGAGUAAAAUUUUUCUUCCCACUGUUCCGCCAUUUUGUUCUCACUGCCAAAACAACUCAACUUCGUCCCCAGGUUUUCUCGGUUAACGGUUCAAUAAUCUGCAACUUUGGCUGUACUUUUGACGUCAUCGGUUCAAUGUGACAAAAUUCUUCCAAAUUUUGUCAACCGAAGCUUGUUAUGAUGAAUUAUGCGUGUGAUUUUAGCCAAUCAGAAACGGAAAAAUAUUUUUAAUGAAUGAUAAUUACUUUUAAUACACGUGCAUAAUUACACGAAAAUCAAAGGCCUCGAUUCGGGGGAAAUGACAUCAUUGCCAAACAGCGAAAACGUUUUCAACUUUCACGCGUUCUUUCAGUCAUCGCAGAAAAUAAAUCGCAUGCUCAUCACAAAGCUCAUUUGCAUACAAUGAAAGCAGUUUCCAUCCUGACGAUCUCCCCUAGGAACGCCUGGGAGAAUGCCCCCCUUUUUGCGACGGGAUACACGCUUGCAUUUUUAGAGUCUCACUCUGCUGAAGCAAGCUCAACUAACCAUUUAUUUAAGAUGAUUAAUUUACCCUUCUGUUUCUCUAUUUCAGAUUCUGGGUUUUUUUGGAUGGGCGCAACGAAGAUUCCAGUGUCCCUGAAAAUGUUGGUCGGCUGCCGCAGAAUAUGUACAUAAUGCCGUACUUCUUGGCUUACUUCCAUCCAGAGUCCAGAGAAAUUAUAAUUCUUGUAUGUUUCCCAAAACAUCUCAGGAAGGAUGUGUUAAUGGAGCUUAAGGAUAAUCCCCGGAUAACAAGCACGCAAAACGUAGUGAGCUCAAGUGAACUUAUGAGACCAUGGCUAGACAAAGCAUUUGUCUUUGUCUCAGGAGGGGUAUGUCCACAUGACCCAAAAGACCAAGGUGGCCUCUUCCUCGUGUAA